GGGCGCUGAGAAGCAAGCGCUCUGCUCUGGAGGCGAGUGUUUGGGAAGCCCAGCGAUAUGCCACUGCUGUUUUCCCCACAAAAACAGGAAGAAGAAAAAAGGUGGACCAUAGUGUCGGGAUCAGCUUUUCCUUCUUCCAGCACUCCUCCUUCCUUUUCGCUCACUUGCAGCCUGUCUCUUUCUGUCCGCUGACUUCUCUCAUUCAUUCACUCCCCGCCGCUCCUGCUGGCCGACCGAGCGUGCUGACACCGGGACCGCUACCUGCUACCUUGGGGAUUUGACAGCGCUCUGGAAACCUGCUGCCUAUUUUGUCAUUUUUACAGCCAGUGCCAGUGCUGCACCUCAUGAAUGAACUGGAGUAUACAACGGACUGGAUGAGGGAGUAAAUGUUGGAUACCUGAGGAUGAGCGUUUCUUUCCUGACCUUACCAGAACAAACGGAGAAUUCAGUAUCUUCUUGACCAAUUUUCACUCUACCAGACUCAAUCUACAUCAGUCACUGAGUUUCUUCAGUCUUUAUUUUAUUGCACAUCAGCAGCAGUGACAGCUGUGGACCGUCUGGCUGAGUGGGACUGCUCACCUGUUUAACUUUUCCCCCCUCUGUGACACUUCCUCUGAACUGCUUUUGGCCCCAGUGGGGCCAGCAGGGCUGCAGGGGAAGGGGGCAGCGGCUUACCCCCUCCAUAACCAACCAUGGAGCAGUGACCGACAGGUUGGAAAAACAAGUCUUCUCCUUGCUCCAGGGAGCAUAGUGUUCAUAGUAAAACAUUCAGACGCUUCCCAGCCAACCACCUCAGCAGAGAUAAACUUGUUCCAGUUAGGAUGUCAUCAUUGGAGGGAUUUUUGUGCUUGACCAUCAACCAAAGAAGCCAGUCCGUCGGACGCAAAGAGUUGUUUGCUAAGAAGAGCUAAAAAAGGAGCAUUGAACCACAUCCACAGGGAACUUGAAAAGCCACCCCCGCUUUGAGAAAUACCUUUUGACCCAUUCGAAGGAUCUUGUUUUGGUCUGGAAGUCUUUUGAAGAGAGGGAUGUUGGAGGAGCCCCUGACCUCUUUCACAAUCAACUAAUUACGAGUCAGGGUCACAGAGAGGAAAGGACCGGAUUCUUUUUGUGGAUUUAUCAUUGACCUACCGUGGAAAGUUUCCAUGUGGAUAUCUGACAAUCCCAAACACCCACAUACCUAACACAUACACAUUUCUAGCUUAUAGAUCCAUGCCAACAGCUCUGUAACACAAAUUGCAAAGCACAUUAUCACCACCUACUUAAAUCUACACACGUCUGUGCUGUAAGUUUAUACGGAUAGUUGCACAUUAAAUUCCCAUUAGUUUGGGUGUUUGCCAUCAGGUAUAGAGGGAAUGGAGGUCAUUCGGACAGGUGGGGUGCUGUACGAGUCCCUGCUCACACUGUCUGUCCUUUAGCCUCAAAUGGAUGUUAUUAUCUGUGAAAAAUGUGCCGCCCGCAAACCGCUGAAAGCUUUCCACUGCGAUUCUCCGACAGAAACAGUCACCGGGUCCCUGUGACAGUGCACGGUUGGAACCGCAGCUGAGACUGCAUCCAUUAUUCAUAUUUUUUUUUUUUUUUGAGUUUUGUUUUCAUUAUCUUCCACCCUCACCCCACCGCCAUCAUUUUUUCCAACGGGUCCCUGGGCGCCCCCCGGCGCUCUCCUCGGCCUGUUGUCUCCCCCGUCCUGGAGGGGAGGGGGUCGUUGGAGUGGAGCAUGAGCGGCUGCCACUAUCCUUCGCCGGCGCCGGAGCGGGAGCACAGGUACCAGCACAAAGUGUCGCUAGUGGUGCGGUACUUCAUGAUCCCCUGCAACAUCUGCCUAAUCCUGCUGGCCACAUCCACGCUGGGCUUCGCCGUUCUGCUGUUCCUCAAUAACUACAAACCGUCUCACUUCACUCCGGCCCAGCCUCCUGAUGGCUGCAGAGGAAUGCUGUGUGGCUUUGGGGCAGUGUGCGAGAGGAACCCCACCGACCCAUCCAAGGGCGAGUGUGUUUGCAAGAAACUUGACUGUCCAUCCUUGGUGGCUCCUGUUUGUGGCUCCGACACCUCCACCUACUCCAACGAGUGUGAGCUGGAAAAGGCUCAGUGCAAUACACAGCGUCGGAUCAAGGUGCAGCGAAAGGGGCCCUGCUCUCUGAAGAACCCCUGCGCCGAGGUGACCUGCAGCUACGGCAGCACCUGCGUCCAGUCGUCGGACGGCCUGUCGGCUAAAUGCAUGUGCCCCCUCAGCUGCGAUGGCAAGCCCGAUCAGAUGGUGUGUGGCAGUGAUGGGAAGGACUACCGCAACGAGUGUGAACUCCACCAGCAAGCCUGCAAGAACCAGAAGAACAUCCGGGUCCAAUUUCAAGGACCCUGCGACCCGUGUAAAGACAGCGAGAACAGCCUGAACACCAUCUGCCGAGUCCAGGCCGUCACACGCCAGCCGCAGCUCUACAGACCGCCAGAGUCAUGCCGACCAGAAUCCGAGCCUCUGUGCGCCAACGACGGCCACACCUACCCCAGCGAGUGCGCCAUGACGGCCACCGGCGUGCAGAAGGGCAUCAGCCUCAGGAAGAUCCAUGCCAGAGCUUGCGGAAAGUUGGAGAUGUGCAGAGAAGACUGCCUGUUCAACGCCGUGUGUGUGGUGGAGCAGAGCGGCGCCCUCUGCUCCUGUGAUCCCAUCGAGUGUGAUGACACCUACAAGCCUCUGUGCAGCGUGGACGGGCGCACCUUCCCCAACAACUGCUGGCGCCGCAAGGCUGAGUGCCUCAGCAAGAGCCUGAUCAGGACCAAGCAGCCGGGGCCCUGCGAUCUCAACGCUCCGAGUCCCUGUUUGACGAAGACAUGCACACACGGUGCCAUGUGUGUGGUGAAGAACGACGAGCCGGUCUGUGAGUGCACCGAGGCCUGUACCCUGACCUCCGACCCCGUCUGUGGGUCUGACGGCCAGAGCUACCGAAGCCCUUGCGAGAUGCGAGCGAUGGGUUGCACUCUGCAGAAGGACAUCCGGAUCCAGCACAAAGGACCGUGUGAUGAAGCCUGCUCCAACUGCUCCUUCGGGGCGAUCUGUGACGCCCAGAGUGGGCGCUGCGUGUGCCCGUCGGAGUGCGUGGAGUCGCACCAGCCCGUGUGCGGCAGCGACGGCCACACCUACCAAAGCGAGUGUGAGCUGAACGUGAGGUCCUGCACGGAGCAGGUGGAGUUGCGGGUGGUCAGCCAGGGAGAGUGCAAAAUGUGCGGCAACACCGUCUGUAGCUUUGGUGCCCGGUGUGUGGAGAAAAAGUGCGAGUGCCUGCAGUGCAGUGGAGAGGCCAGCGCCCCGGUGUGCGGCAGCGACGGCAUCACCUACAGCAACGAGUGUGAGCUCAACAGGUCCGCCUGCGAGCACAAGAGGAAAAUUGAUGUGGCGAAGCACGGCAGCUGUGAGGAAGAAUGUGGCUCUGGGGCAUCUGGCUCCGGAGUGGAGAGCUGCGAACAGGAGCGCUGUACGAUGUACGAUGGGAUUUGGAACGAGGAUGAAGAGGACGAACGCUGCAUCUGCAGCUUUAACUGUGAGAGCGUGCCACUCAACGAGGUCUGUGGCUCAGAUGGGAAAACCUACCGGAACGAGUGCGAGUUAAAAAACACCAAAUGUUUGGAAAAGAGGCUCUUGUUGAUUCAGAGUCAGGGUCCCUGUGCAGAGAAUUAUGUUACAUCUCCAACGGAGCUAACUGCGCCGCAGCACUGCGGCCUUUCUCCGUAUGGCUGCUGCUCUGACAACAUCACCGCUGCUCUAGGGGUCGGACAGGCCGGAUGUCCUAGCAGCUGUCAGUGUAACGUCCAUGGCUCCUACAAAGGCUCCUGCGACCCGACCAGUGGCCAGUGCUCCUGUAAGCCGGGGGUCGGCGGCCAGAAGUGUGACCGCUGUGAGCCGGGCUUCUGGAACUUCCGUGCCAUCAUCACUGAAGGCAUGAGCGGCUGCACGCCCUGCAGCUGCGAUCCCACCGGCUCGGUCCGGGAUGAUUGUGAGCAGAUGUCGGGCCUGUGCUCCUGCAAGACGGGGGUGAAAGGCUUGAAGUGCAACGUGUGUCCAGAUGGAAGCAGGAUGGGAAUGAACGGCUGUGACCACGGCCCUGAUGCCCCGACAUCGUGUGAAGAGCUGCUCUGCAGUUAUGGUGCCGCCUGCCUGGAGGAAAACGGCCAGGCCCACUGUCAGUGCCCGCCGACCGACUGCGACUUAAGAAACAAGACAAAGGUGUGCGGCUCAGAUGGGGUGACCUACGCUGACCAGUGCCAGCUGAGGACCAUCGCCUGCAGGCAGGACAAGGACGUUACCGUGCAGCACUCUGGACAGUGCACAGAAAGCAUCUCUGACCCGGCAGACCGACCCACCCCCAACCCUCCGCCUACCACCCCUGGCCCAGCCUCAACGGCCGUCAUCACUACCACCCCCGACCCCUUCAUCUCUAACAUGGUGUAUGCCAUCCCGCCUCCAAUGACGGCCCAGCUAGCGUCCAUGGAGCCGCCCGACAUCAACGCCGUCCUUUCCACCUCCACCCCCGGCCGCGUUCCAUCCAACCGCAUCCAGCCAUCUGCCUCCGCCACCCCGAGCCCCCUGGAGGGCUCGGGCAGCGGCGAUCCGAGCGGUGACGAAGAAGAAGAGGAGGACGGACUGGAUGAGGAUGUUGGUAGUGGCGUCCAGUCGGAGGCCAGCGGUUCAGACGAUUCUGGCGGUUCGCCGGUGGCAGGUUCUGCUGCUGCCACUGCCGAGGAGAGGUCCUCCUGUGACAACACAGAGUUCGGCUGCUGUCCUGACAGAAAGACCCCAUCCAGCACCCCAGAGGGUACCAACUGCCCCCCCACCAUGAAGUUCUCAGGCUUCCUGCACCUCGACCAGGUGGAUGACCAGGAGAUUUUCUACACCCCUGAGAUGGAGGACCCCAAGUCUGAGCUGUUUGGAGAGACAGCCCGCAGCAUAGAGAGCGCCCUCAAUGAGAUGUUCAGGAAGUCACAGGUGCACAAGGACUUCAUGGGAGUUCGAGUACGUCAACUGGCUCCAAGCGGCUCCAUUAUGGCACUCGUGGAGGCCCAUUUCAGACCCGAUACGAGAUACAACGUGGAGGACAUCGAGGGAGCGCUGCUGAAACAGCUGAAGGCUUCCAAAGACACCAGCAUCUCUGUAAAGAAGCCAACGGCAGAGAAUAUUCGCUUCACUAAUUAUGGUCUGUCCACCAUCCCACUGUUUACCACCACCGCCGCCACUGCCGCCGCUGCUGCUGCCGUCACCACGGCCUCCCCUGUCCCCACAUCCAGGCCUCAUUCCCCCUACUUCACACGCCGCCCACCGGGAACCACCCGCAGGCCCGCCAGCUCCAGGCGGACCACCACCACGCAGGCUCCACCCACCAAAACCCUGCGCAGCACCUCAGCGCCACCCACUACGACUGGGCGGCCCAAAACCCAGAAGCCCUGCCACUCCAACCCCUGCCUCAACGGGGGAACCUGCGAGAACGACGGUGACGACUUCAGCUGCAAGUGCCUGGCUGGACGAGGAGGGGCAGUGUGUGAGAAAUCCAUCAGGUACUUCAUCCCAUCAUUUGGUGGCCAGUCUUUCCUGGCCUUCCCGACAAUGAGCGCGUACCACACGGUCCGCAUCGCUAUGGAGUUCAGAGCGUCCGAGAUGAACGGCCUGCUGCUCUACAACGGCCAAAUGAAGAAGAAAGACUUCAUCUCUCUGGCUUUGGUCAACAGCAGGGUGGAGCUCAAGUUCAACACUGGCUCAGGAACAGGCACCGUGAUCAGCGAAGUCCAGAUCAGCCAGGGUCGCUGGCACCAGCUGGUGGUGACGCGCAGCCGGCGGAUCGGCAUGCUCAGCGUGGAUGGCGAGCCGCACGUCCAAGGCGAAAGUCCCCAUGGGACAGACGGCCUCAACCUGGACACCCCGCUGUUCAUCGGAGGGGUGACAGAUGACCUCAAGCUGGACGUCAGGGAGCGGACCGGGGUCACCGCGGGGCUGGUGGGUUGUAUCCGCAUGCUGGACGUCAACAACCGCAUGCUCAACAUCCAGGAGGCCAACGGAGACAGCCUGUUCGGCGUGGGUGUGGGCGAAUGUGGGAACAACCCCUGCCAGCCGAACCCCUGCAAGAACGGAGCUGAGUGCCAGGUCAAGGAGGCCGAGAUGUUCCAUUGCAAGUGCAGCAAUGCAUUCUGGGGUCCAACAUGUGCUGACCUCCAUGACCCCUGCGAACACAGCAAGUGCCACCAGACAUCGCAGUGCAAGGCUCUGCCUGAAGGGGGCUAUAAAUGCGAGUGUCCCAUGGGGCGAGAGGGGAAGCACUGUGAGAGAGUGACUGAGCGGAGAGGCGUUUACAUGCCUCUGUUCAGCGGAGACUCAUACCUGGAGCUCAAGGGGCUUCAUCUCUAUGGGCAUGAUCUACGUCAAAAGUUCAGCAUGAUGCUGGUUCUCAUGGCCAAUGACUCCAACGGUCUGAUCUUCUACAACGGACAGAAGUCUGAUGGAAAGGGAGACUUCGUCUCUCUGUCCCUGAGCAAUGGCUACUUAGAGUUUCGCUACGAUCUGGGAAAGGGACCGGCUAUUAUCAGGAGUAGGGACCAGAUGCAGCUGAAGGUGUGGAACACCAUCAAGCUGGAGCGCUCCCUCCGCAAAGGCGAGAUCCGGUUGAACGAGAAAGCAACUUCAGGAGAGUCACCGAAAUCACGCAAGAACAAGCACACAGAUCUCAACCUGAAAGAGUCGCUGUUCGUCGGCGGCGCUCCCGAUUACAGCAAACUAGCAAGAGUUGCUGCACUCACAGAGGGAUUCAAGGGAACCAUCCAGAAGAUCAUGCUGAUGAGCACACCCAUCCUGCGCGAGGAGAACGCCCUGAACUCCAGCAACGUGGCCAUGUUCCACGGCCACCCAUGUUUCCAGGAGCCCUGCCAGAACGGCGGCCGCUGCCACCCGGAGUUGGACGGCUACGACUGCUCCUGUCCCAGCGGCUUCUCAGGGGACAAGUGUCAGAACGCUAUCCACGAGAAGUCGGCUGGAGAGACGGAGGCCAUCGCCUUCGACGGACGGACCUUCAUCGAGUACCACAAUGCCGUGACGAGGAGCCAACUGACCAAUGAGAUCCCAGAUCCCGAAUCUCUGGAGAACCCGUCCGACCAGAGUGAAAAGGCUCUGCUGGUCAACAAGUUUGAGCUGAGCGUGCGGACCGAGGCCACGCAGGGUCUGCUGCUGUGGAGCGGGAAGGGCGUGGAGCGCUCCGACUACAUCGCGCUGGCCAUCGUGGAUGGCCGUGUCCAGAUGACCUACGACCUGGGCUCCAAGGCCGUGGUGCUGAGGUCAUCGGUGCGUGUCGACACCAACCGCUGGAUACGCAUCAAAGCCAGCAGGGCGCUUCGAGACGGCUCUCUGCAGGUGGGCAACGAGGCGCCGGUGACAGGCUCAUCUCCUCUCCGAGCCACGCAGCUGGACACAGACGGAGCGUUCUGGUUAGGCGGCCUGGAGGUGCUGGGCGUGGCGCGCCGGCUGCCCAAGGCCUACAGCACCGGCUUCGUUGGCUGCAUCAAGGACGUGGUGGUGGACGGGGUGGACGUCCACCUGGUGGAGGACGCCUUGAACAGCCCCAAAAUACUACACUGCUCCGCCGCCAAAUAACCGGGAAGAGAGCGAGCACUGCGAGACCGGAGUAAACAAAACAAGAAACCCUCCCUCCAUAACGCCCAUGUCUCCUGCUGUAAUUAUUUUCUAUUUUUGUAUACUUUUCAUCACUUUUUAUAUGGGGAAAUAAUGAAAUAUGUUUUUAAUUUGUG